AUGGUAGAGCGGGGCCGCUUGUCGUUCUUGGUGGGCAUUGUGGUGGGCCUUGUGCUGUCGUCCGCCAUCUCGUACAUGUAUCCGGGAUCAUCCACGACAUCCACAUCAACACUGUCCACCAAGUGCACUUGCCCAACCACUGGCCAUGUCAUCGAUCUCCCCACACAGGCACCUUCCUUCCCAUCCACGCCACCACCAGAACAGCAGCAGCAACAACAACAACAACAACAACAACAACAACAACAACAACAACAAGAAGAAAACAGAGAAGAAGAGGUGCCUGAGAAGAGAUCCACCACUGCACAACAGACAAACACCAACGCAAGCACUGCUGGUGGUGGUGGUGGUGGCGACGCAGCGGGUGGCAAAGAUGCCGGUGGCGCCGACGAUGACGAUGCGGAGAGGGAAGACAGCCCCAUGGAGCCCGUGACGCCAGAACCGGAGAAGCAAGAGCUACCAGAGGACGCGGUGAAGAAGCAGGACGUGGCGAAUGCAGGCGAUCUGCGCAACAAGGUCAACGCACACUAUUGGCUGAACAUGUGCGGCAAGAGCCUGAGGAUCCUCAAGAACCACCCCCACUUCCCGGGCAAGCCGCACUUUGUCUCCUUCCUUGAGGACCUGCAGAUCCGCUACCACACGGUGAACUACGCCCAACGCCUGCUGGGCUUCAUCCACCCACCAUCCGAUGGCAGCUAUCGCUUUGCCCUCUCCUCGCGCGGCUGCUCCGAAAUGCACAUGAGCACAGACACUUUUCCAGCCAAUGCGCAGCUGAUUGUGAGCCUGUGCAAAGGGCGGGAAGAAAAGUUCACGGAGCCAAACGACUUUUCGCACGUUUCCAAACCCCUCAAGCUGCACGCGGGGAAGAAGUACUACUUUGACGUCCUGCACAAGGCCGGCGAUGGCAGCGAGCACCUGCAAGUGGCGUGGUCGCGUGACGACGGCCCCUUCACCAUCAUCAAAGGCGACCACCUCAGCGCAUAUGAGGACACGACCGUCAGCUCCAUCCUCUCCCGCGAUGCGUCGGAAGGCGAGUGGGAGGUGGAGCAGGUGUUUACGCAAGAGCAGUACACCGACAAGCACCUGCCGUCCUUCACAGUCCCCAUGUACUACCCGGAUGCGGAGCUGAAGAGCGUGCUGCCUGCAUGCAGCUGGUCGCCGUCAUAUGCCCGGCCACACCGCGUCUCACAGUACCAGGCCGCAAACUCAUACGUCUGCAAAAUGAGUGCGGUGUAUCCGGACGACCACACGACGCUGCUCGGGUCCCACCAGGCACGCGGCCCAAACAAGAGCAUGCAGAAGUCCUUUGCAGAGCGCAUUGCAAAGGCGUAUGUGCAGAAGAUCAAUGCGAAGCGGCAGCAGGACGGCAAGAGCGCAGUGGCGCUGAAGAAAAUUGUCCACAUGGAGUCCAAGGAGCACGCGGGCCAAACACGCGUGCUGGCCGAGCUCGACGUUGAGCGGGACGGCCGGGUGCUGCGCGUGUCUCGCUACAUUGUCUCAAAGGGCAACGGCGAACUCUGCGACGCAAACAACUUCCAGUGGCGCAAGCAAGCCAUGGUCCACAUCAUCGUGCCGGUGCUGAACCAGGGCGCGUGGGUGCGCCAUCUCAUUGAAAACCUCGGACAUGUGUACGAGACGACGAAGGACGAGCGCUUCAACCUCAUCCUCGUUGACUUUGGCAGCGAUGACAUUGACAUCCAGGCUGCACUGGAGAACAGCCCGCUCAAACGGUAUCAGGUGGUGUCGCUCGACGGUCCGUUUUCCCGGUCGCUCGGCGUGCAGCGGGGCGCCGAUGCCGUGGACAGUGAUGAGGACAUUAUCUUCACGUGCGACCUUCACCUCGAGAUGCCCCCGAUAUUGAUCGAGGACAUUCGCAAGCACUGCGUCUACGGAAAGGCCGGCUACAACCCGGUCGUUGCUCGUCUCGGCUGCGGCAACUUUCAGAACGAACCAAAGGGGUUUUGGGAGAUGCUUGGGUACGGGCUCUUUGCGAUGUACAAGAAAGACUUUGACGCGAUUGGCGGGAUGAAUGUGCAGAAGUACAAGUACCAGUGGGGCGGCGAGGACUGGGACAUGCUCGAUAGGUUUGAUGCCAAGGGCUUUGAGUGCGAGCGGCUCAAGGUAUAUGGGUUCUACCACUUCCACCACUCCCGCACGACCAUGUGGGGCGGUUCCAACCCGAUUGCAGACCGCCUCGACGUCCCCUUUGACUUUGCCGUCACAGAAAACACAAACGUCAUCGUCGGAUCAUGCGAUGGGGCGCUGGCCAUGUGGAUGCGCGGUGCUGUGGGUGCCAUCCGACCGCAGACAUCCAAGGACUUUGUGCUUGAGCCGAAGAAUGGCGUGAUCCGCUUAACAAAGCAUCCAAAUGCCCCCAGUGUUGGCCAGAAGUUUGACCUCGCCCCCAACACCAAGGCCGUCAAGGUGAUGCAGUCUGGGCUGUGCCUGCUUGCUGAGAAGGAAGGGAAGCCGGCCACUGUUGGCUCGUGCACCUCAAAGCCGGGCGACGUGCCAGCCACACCGAGCUCGCUCAUGUCGAUGCUGUUGGUGUCCAUGUGGCGGUCGUCCCGCGUGACGAUGCAAGCGCCACUGCUGCGCACCCAAGUGCGCGCCAUGUCCUACCAGAAGCGCAAGAAGAAGAUGAUGAAGCAAAUGAUGUCGCGGGCACCGAAGCGCGAGUCUGCCGCAAAGACGAGUGCCAUGAAUAAGGAGAUCCAGGAGACACAGCACUUGCAGCUUGACUCGUUGGGUAUCGUUGUGGACCACUGGGUUCCCAUUCCUGCCUCCCACAAGGCGUCCAUUUUCUCCCUCGAGGGCUUGAAGCAGCGGUGGGAGCACGUGAAGAAGCGCUUCCGUUCCACGUUGAGCGUUGGUGUCAUUCGCCGCUACGACAAGUCCUGGAAGCCCGUCCCUUUUGCACAGCAAGUGCAGGACAUGCUGGUUGAAGUCCAAACCGCCUUCUCAGAGGCAUCCCGACAGCACUCGCCGCUGCGACUGCAGGACAAGCUGACCGCCCAGGCCCUCUCGGCGAUGAAGAAGCAGGCGCAAACGCCGCACGUGUGGGAGUUUGUGGAGCAAGUGGAGCGCCCGCGCGUCGUCAACGCAUUCACGUUUCCUGUGGAGGACAAGAACAACCUGUACGGCCAGGUCACCGUCCGAUUGCACAUGAAGCAGCGAUAUGCCCCACUUGGCCACCCCCUCGAGGAGAGAGACGUCGUCGACUACGUGGUGCUUGAGAAGCGGGUGGUGUCGCCAUCUGCGCCGUGGAGAAUAUGCUCGAAGAUUGUGCCCAUGUUCCUGCUGCCGCCGGAAGAGAAGGCCAAGCUCAAGGCGCGGCACGAGGACAUGGAGCGACGCAUGAAGGAGCGCAAGGAGAAGGAGAAGCAGCAGCAGAACGCCAACAAGAAUUGA